AUGAGCGGUAACCUGAAGCAGAUAGACGCUGGGUCUGGCUCAGUGGUUGGAGUGAACAAUCUUAAUGAAGUGUUCAUCCUGAUUGAUAACAUCUUCACAAAGAUCAGCGGGUCUCUAAAGCACUUCAGUGUUGGUCCUGCUGGUCAGCUGGGGGUUAAUACAGCAAACAACAUCUUCAAGUUUCAGAGUGGCAACUUUAUUCAGUUUCCAGGGCUUCUCAAACAGGUGGAUGCUGGAGGUGAUCAGAUCAUUGCAGGUGUCAAUAUGAAUGAUGAUAUAUUCUGUUUAAAUAUGGAUGCUAAUGACAAAUGGCCAUCCAGCACCACUCCUUGGGAUGUGUCUAAUAAUGUCUGUUCUGGCUCUGGCGUCUUUGUGAAUAUUCCUGGACUUCUGUCCAUGAUUGAAGUAGCAACUGAUGGCAGCGUCUUUGGUGUCAACUAUCAAGGGAACUUAUACCAAAGAACUGGAGUCACUCUCUCCAACCCUGUUGGCACAGACUGGAUCUCAAUGGUUGCCUGUCCCAAUGGCCACAAGCAUGUGAGCUUUGACCUGGGAGUGCUAGACAUGAGAAAAGUCAACAGAGAAGUUAAGAAAGCAGAGAUCCAGAAAAACAAGUUCCUGAUCGUCACUUAA